AUGCCUUCUUUCCACUCUGUGGCAGACGUCCAGCAGCUGAUCGGUAAUCCAGAAGAAGUUUCCCCUCAGUUAGGGGGGAGCUCCACUUUGAAGCAGGAGACUCCACAACCACCCUGCAUUAAAAAGGAAGAGGAGGAACUCUGCAUCACUCAGGAGGGAGAGUGUCUUCUAGGACGAGAGGAAGCUGAUUACACCAAGUUUCCACUGAGUAUUCUCUCUGUGAAGACUGAAGAUGAUGAAGAGAAACCACAAGUAGACAACCUCUUAGCUCCACUAUCAGAUAGUGAGGCUGAAGACGAGGUUGAAGAACCUUUGAGCAGCGAUAAAGACUGUGAAGGUGAUAUGAGGACUCACACUGACAACAAACACUCUGAAUGCUCUUCAAAGAAGAAACGUAAAAAAUGUUUGAGCUGCUCAGUUGGUGCUGAAAGUUUUACUAAAAAGAACCAUUUGACCCAACACAUGAGAACACAGACAGGUCAAAAUAAAUGUAUUUGUUCAUUUUGUGGGAAAAGCUUUUCUCAAAAUACCUCUUUGACAGACCACAUAAGAACACACACAGGGGAAAAACCAUUUAAUUGUUCAGUUUGUGGGAAAAGCUUUUCUGUUAAGAGAUAUAUGACUGAACACAUGAAAACACACACAGGUGAAAAACCAUUUAAUUGUUGCGUUUGUGGCAACAACUUUUCUCAAAAAAGCUCUUUGACUCAACACAUGAGAACACACACAGGAGAAAAACCAUUUAAUUGUUCAGUUUGUGGCAAAAGGUUUUCUCAAAAUUUCUCUUUGACUCAACACAUGAGAACACACACAGGUGAAAAACCAUUUAGUUGUUCAGUUUGUGACAAAAGCUUUACUUUUAAGGGCAGUUUGAUUGAACACAUGAAAACACACACAGGUGAAAAACCAUUUAAUUGUUCAGUCUGUGGCAAAAGCUUUUCUGUUAAGAGGUAUUUGGCUGAGCACAUGAGAACACACACAGGUGAAAAACCAUUUAGCUGUUCAGUUUGUGUCAAAAGCUUUUCUUUUAAAGGCAGUUUGAUUGAACACAUGAGAACACACACAGAUGAAAAACCAUAUAAGUGUUCAGUUUGUGGCAAAAGCUUUUCUGUUAAGAGAAUAUUGACUCGACACAUGAGAACACACUGGACUAAGACCAUUUAAUUGUUCAGUUUGUGGUAAUAGCUUUCCUCAAAACAGCUCUUUGUGGCGAUACAUGAACACGCUUGUCAAAAACCAUUUAGUUGUUCAGUGUGCUGUAAAAGGUUCCCACAUAAUGCAGACGCAGUAAAACACAUAAGAACACACAAGGGAAAAUAACCAAUUAGCUGUUUAGUUUGUGGUAUGUUGCUCAUAUGUGGCGACAUCCACCCUACCCAGGACCUCCUCACUGCUUCUUUCACAAAUAUCUGAGGUAUUCAUACAAACUUGGAUUAUUUGGAGCAUAAUCUUAUCUACUCAUGACCCCAUGUCUUCUCUGUAUCUGAAACCUUCCUGAACAGUAA